UCCCUUUCGCUCACUUUCCCCUCACUGUUGUCAGCUUCUCAACUCCAAGAGUCAAAGCUCCGCCAGCAAUGGCCGUCGCGAGCGCCGCCGAGCCGAAAAUCCGAGGGGGCAAUGGAGAAGAAUCCGAACUGGAGCUACUGUCCGCAGCCUAACACUUGGCUCCGAUGCUCGAUCGGACGAAGCCCUCUCCCGCCAUGAGAGACCCGAAGGUGAAGACAGCAAGAGCCCACAAGCCGCGCCACUUCCCCCUCCUCGACAGGCUCAGGAAGCGCCACUUCUACAGGUGGCGGUGGCUCCUCUGGCUAGCCCUCUCCGCCUACCUCUUCCUCCCAGCGCUGCCCCCCUCCCUCCGCGGCCCCAGCUCCGAGCCCCGCCCCGGCGUCCGGAUCUACGCCUACGACCUGCCGCCGCGCUUCAACCGGGGCUGGGCGGCCGCCGACGCGCGGUGCGCGCGCCACCUCUUCGCCGCCGAGGUGGCCGUGCACGAGGCGCUGCUGCUGCGGCAGCGGCGCGCGGGCCUGCGCCCCGAGGAGGCCGACCUCUUCCUCGUGCCCGUCUACGUCUGCUGCAACUUCUCCACGCUCACGGGGCUCCCGUCGCUGGCGCGCGCGCGCGCGCUGCUCGCCGACGCCGUCGACCUCGUCCGCGCCGAGAUGCCCUUCUGGAACCGCUCCGCCGGGGCAGACCACGUCUUCGUCGCGUCGCACGACUUCGGCGCCUGCUUCCACCCCAUGGAGGAUGUGGCAAUGGCGGCCGGUAUCCCGGAGUUCUUGAAGAGGUCGAUCCUGCUGCAGACAUUUGGUGUGCAGGGCCGGCACCCUUGCCAGGACGCGGAGCAUGUGGUGCUCCCGCCAUACGUGCCGCCUGAGGUGGCUCCUCGGGAGCUGCCGGAACCGGAGAAGGCACAUCGGGACAUCUUUGCCUUCUUCCGGGGCAAGAUGGAGGUCCAUCCCAAGAAUAUCAGUGGCCACUUCUACAGCAGGAAGGUGAGGACUGAACUACUGCGGCUGUAUGGCCGCAACCGCAAGUUCCAUCUGAAGCGGAAACGGUACGACGGCUACCGGUCGGAGAUGGCGCGCUCCUUGUUCUGCCUCUGCCCGCUCGGGUGGGCGCCAUGGAGCCCUCGUCUGGUGGAGUCGGUCCUCCUGGGCUGCAUCCCCGUCAUCAUCGCCGACAACAUACGGCUGCCGUUCCCCGGCGUCCUCCGGUGGCCGGACAUCUCGCUGCAGGUGGCGGAGAGGGACGUGGCCGGCCUCGAGGCGGUGCUCGACCACGUCGCGGCGACCAACAUGACGACGAUACAGAAGAACCUGUGGGACCCCAUGAAGCGGAAGGCGCUAGUUUUUAACCGCCCGAUGGAGGAGGGAGACGCCACCUGGCAGGUCCUCAAGGAGCUUGAGGUGAAGCUGGAGCCGUUGCGACGGCAGGGGCGGAGGAGAUGCUCUCUUCGCGAAGGAACUUUGUGAUUUGCUCGCUAGUGUGGAGGUUGCUAGACCUGGUUUAGGCAGGUCGAUUGCUUGCCUCUUGACGGGGACGCCAAUAAGGGGUAAACAAAAGAAGGCGGGCAAAGGAAAGAGUGGCGCCACAAGCAAGGCGUCUCUGGGUGCUUGAUGGAUGACCUACUCUCUCUCUCAGCAUGUCCUCUUGGAUUGGGUUCUCAUUGUGGGUUGAAAGGUGUUUGAUGCAUUGUGUUGAGGUGUUCUUGUUUGGGGUCUCUUGGUGUAGUAGCAAUGUCGGGGUUCGUGGAUGUUGUAUAUUCGAAGAGUCUGGCGGGAGUCGCAUGUGCGGUUGUGGGGUUUAUUACCAUGUGAGUAGUUAGUCCGUGUUUUAUCUGUAUUGGUUUUCGCCCGGUUUUCCGUAAAUUAACUGGGCAAUUCUGUUCUUCUUAAUUAAUCGAUGAGGCAAAA